CUCCUCUUGCUGUCUUACCUGAUUUCCAGCUCUGCGUUUAAAUAUUUUCAGGGAGGGCUUAUUUUGGGGGGAGGCUUAUUUUAGCUCAUGCACUCAAAAGCCCGACUGGGCUUAUUAUCAGGGGAGGUCUUAUUUUCAGGGGAAACAGGGUAACACUCUGUCAUGCAAGGAAAAGGAUUGAGGGGGCCACCCUGCGAUGUCUGAGUAAGCCAGACUUGCCAUCCUGGGUUAAAAGCCCCUUUUCGUGACCCCCGGGGGCCCAGAGUCCUCCCCCCCCCAUCCCUCCCUUUCAAAACGCAGACCCCUCUGAAAUAAAACCACGUUGAUGGCAGAGAACGAGUGUCGCUUGUCACAACUGGACCUGCCCUCCUCUUCCUCGUUGACAGCACCAACUCCGUAACCAGACGGGGAAUCAUGGGUGGAAAAAAAAAACACCAAUUCCAGACCACGCUGUACUCUUCACUUUCCCACACACACCCCUCGUUUGUGUGUGUGUAUGUGUGUGCAUCGAUUUCGAUUUGCAGCACCCCGUUGACCUCAGGUUGAAAAGUCGAAUUUACCGGCAGGACCAAUUUUUUUUUUUAAUUUUUUUUUUUUUGGCUAAAAGUGAGAGUAACUUCUUACUGGCAGCUCCGUCAAGGAGGAUCGACUGAGUAACUGAAAAGCUGACUCAACUCGGCUCCCCGAGGCUCGGCUUACCAGUAUCGCUGUUUGAAGUCGAAGGGAAGAAAAUAUCUGGUCGUUGUGGUUUUGUGAUGCCUUCUCUCUCUUGUCUUUCCGCUUGUUAUUUUGUCAUUACGGGGGGAGAUCGGAGGGAGAUAGCGGCGGGUGAGACGAUGGGGAUGGAAGAUUGCGCACGUACGGUCGUCCUCGAGUUAACAACCAUUCGUUUAGUGACCGGUGGCACCAAGGCACUGAAAAAAGUGCCUUCGGAUCUGUGAGGUAGGUUCCUCGGUCUGUUUUCCAAAGAGCAGGCCGUACAGAUCCAAGCCAAAUGCCGGUGGAUUUUCCACCCAGGUUCUCUACAGGUAGUCCUUGACUUAUGACCACAAUUGAGCCUAAAACUUUCCGUUGCUAAAUGAGACGUGUUGAGUGCAUUUUGCCCCAUUUUAUGACCUCGCUUGCCACAGUUGUUCAGCGAAUCACCGCAGCGGUUAUAGUUAGUAACACGGCUGUUAAGUGAAUCUGGCUUCCCCGUUGACUUUGCUUGUCGGACGGUCGCAAAAGGGGAUCGCGUGACCCCCAGGGACACUGCCAACGUCAUAAGUAUGAAUCACUUGCCGAGCAUCUGAAUUUUGAUCACAGGACCCUAGGGAUGCUGCAACGGUCAUAAGUGUGAAAAUUGGUCAUAAGUCACUUUUUUCAGUGUCGUAAUUUCGAACGGUCGCUAAACAAACUGUUGUAACUCGGGGACUAGCUGUACUGCCCUUCUAUCUUCCUGGCCUGGAUUGUAGAUCUGCUGCCUCCCUCCACAGCCUCUGUCUCAGAUUUACACACAAUUUUUGCUGGGAUGCAUGUCUUAGCAAGAGAAGGAUGUUAGUUAAAAGGAGUGUUUGCCCCCAACUAUUUUUUUUGGGUCUUGUGAAAGGCGCUAACAGCAAUUGUGGGGUAAGGCUGCCCUCUGGUGGACUGUGGUGAGCACUGCAAGGUCUUUUGGCUAAGAGCUGGAGAACGGCUGUCUAAUGUUGGUAGUUGACUUUCUCCAACAAUUAGGAAAAAGGAUCAUCUGCAGAUCCUGGUUUGAUCCCUUCAGAACAUGGCUUGUCUGUGUGCUGGUUCUCCCAUCGCUUCACACGUGCUCCUCUUCCUUCUCCAACCUCUUCUUGUCUUCUUUUCCCCACACAGCCCAAAUUGAAGUGAUCCCCUGCAAGAUCUGCGGAGACAAAUCUUCCGGGAUCCACUACGGGGUCAUCACUUGUGAAGGAUGCAAGGGCUUCUUCCGACGCAGCCAGCAAGGGAACGUGACCUAUUCUUGUACUCGGCAACAAAACUGUCUGAUCGACCGCACCAGUCGCAACCGCUGCCAACACUGUCGCCUGCAGAAAUGUCUCAGCCUCGGCAUGUCCCGUGACGCGGUCAAAUUUGGCCGGAUGUCCAAGAAGCAACGAGACAGCCUCCACGCCGAAGUCCAGAAACAGCUGCAGCAGCAACAACAUCAAGGCGGAGAGAGUUCCACCUUCUCCUUGGGCAUGGCCAACGGUCAACUCAAGCUGGACCCUUCUCUAGAUCUCCGAGAAGGCUCCCCUGCUCUCCUCACUGGACAGACCCGCUUUAGCCAGUCUCCGGAUGAGACGGCGGCCUUGGCCUACUCUAAUGGACUCCCCAAGGCGCAGAGCCUCCUGGGUGAAGGUCAGCAGGACCUCUUCAAGAAAGGGUAUGGUCCUGGAGUCAUCAAGGUAGAACCCAGGACCAGCGUCUAUUACGCUAUGGAGACGCAGGCGUCACCAGACCUCCUGUCCCUGAAUGCCAGCAGAGUGGAACGGACAGCAGCUAGCGAGACCCUUGACUUCUAUGCCAACCCGAGCUUCACCAGCUUCUUGGAGUGCCCGCGCCCUUCGCUGACGGAGAUUGAGCACUUGACCCAGAAUGUCCUCAAGUCCUACCGGGAGACCUGUCAGCUCUGCUUGGAAGACCUCCAGUUGCUGAGGUGGGAGACCUUCACCCGAGAAGAAAUCGGGAGCUACCAGAAGAAGACUAUGGAGGAGAUGUGGGAACGUUGCGCCUGCCGCAUCACGGAAGCCAUCCAGUACGUGGUGGAGUUCGCCAAGCGAAUGGGGGGCUUCAUGGACCUCUGCCAGAACGACCAGAUCGUGCUUCUCAAAGCAGGUGCCAUGGAGGUCGUUCUGGUGAGGAUGUGCCGAGCCUUCAAUUCUGAGAACCGGACGGUCUUCUUUGAGGGCAAAUAUGCUGGCCCAGAAGUCUUCAAAUCUCUGGGUUGCAGCGAACUGAUCAACUCCAUCUUCGACUUCACACACAGCCUGUGUUCGCUCCACUUCUCCGAGAACGAGAUUGCUCUUUUCACAGCCCUGGUGUUGAUCAACGCAAAUCGCCCGUGGCUGCAAGAGAAAAGCAAGGUGGCCUACUUACAAAACAACCUUGAAGUGGCCUUCAAACAGAUGCUGCAGAAAAAUCACCGGGAAGGCAUUUUGGCCAAGUUGCCACCCAAAGGAAAGUUGCGAAGUCUCUGUUCCCAGCAUGUGGAGAAGCUCCGUUCCUUUCGCCAGAUGUACCCCAUGGUCGUCCACGCGGUUUUCCCACCGCUGUACAAAGAGCUCUUCAGUUCAGACUCUGACCCACUGACCCAGGGGCCCACAGGGGAAUAACCCCCUCCCCACAAGCUGAGGACAGAUCAGGCGUCUCCUCCCGUUAACGCUGGAAGCCAGACGCAAAGCGAAGAAUCGGAUCGAGGGAAGCCGUCAACAAGAGGGCGGGCAGGACAAGGAGUUGGUGACCGCUCGUCUGUCCUCAUUUUGGGGAUGUUCCCGCUUCAUCCUGGAAGAUAAACAGGCCAGGGUCACCUGUCCCCCCCCCACCUCGGAGGGAUCCCUCAAAAUGCUCCAGUUUACAUUUAAGGGUUUACCUGCCACGGAGGCAAGAAGCAAUAAAGGGGGGAUUACAUGACACAGACAAAUCCACCGUGAUACAGUUUCGUGGAAAGGCAACAUCGGACGUCGCUGCCAGCUCAGGCAACAGCCCCCCCCCCAUCAAAAAAAUACCUCAUUUGUGCUGUUUAACGGCAAGAGACUCAGCCAAGUUCAGAAGAAAUUUCUAUAUGUAUGCAUCUAUAGAGAGAUGGACAGAGGCGGUUCUCUAAGAUAGAUUUUAUUUUUCUGCUAAAUUCUGUAUUUGAUAACAAAGGAAUCCCUAUCUGGUUUUUUUGCCCCCCCCUUUCUUUCUCUUUGCACUGUCACUUCGCCAGCUGGCCUCAACUUCUGCUCUUGUGCAAAAGUGUGUUUUUGUCAGGAUACAUCUCAGCACCUUAGACCUUAGGUUUUGGAAAAGCUAGUUUUCCACCUGCCCCGACAUAAAAUGACAACAAUAUGUGAGUUUUAUCUGCAGGAUCUGUUCGAAUCUCAGGGUGUCUUUAAAAUAUCUGUAUUUCUUUGGAAGAUAUAUUUUGGAGGUCAAUUUUAGGAAGUUUUCAUCGGGGGGACAGAAAGGGGGUGGGGGAAAUGGAUCUGUCAUGGAGAAGUCUGGCCUAAGCCACCAAUCCUUGCCAGUUUAGCAGUCUAGCAUUCCGACUGGCAUUGGGUUGGUCGCGGAGGUGGGAUUCACUUACCUUCCCUACCGGUUCGCAAAUGUGAGCACACGUGCCACGUCUACGCAAUGCGCACGGCCUUCCGCACAUGCUCAGUCACGCAUUACAUUACAUUACAUCCGGGUGGGCGGAGCCUCCUGCAGCCGCCGCUACCAGUUCGUGCAAUUUGGACAGAACCGGCUGUAUCCCACCACUGGGUUGGUGACUUUGGCCCAACUUUUCUGCUAAAACCUGCACCGUGUGGGUAUUGAUAGGACGAUAAUCCUGGACAAACCGCAAGACCAUCCGUGUCGGUCUGACAUUUUAAAUCCUUGCAAAUGGUUCGGCUUGCAAGAAUAAAUUUAAGAUGCUCUUAGCUUUUCCGUCAAGAGCUGUCCAGGUGACGCCACUCGCCAUUUGCACAGAAAAAUCCACUACGUUGCAUCGGAUGUACGUGUGGACCUAACUCAAGCCCUUUUCCUAUUCUCCUCUUUUCCUUGGGUUUAAAAAAAAAAAAAUGGUGAAAUAUUUAAAGAACGGGGGAGGGGAGGGGAAGCUGUGUAAAUACCGGCUGAAAAAGUUUUAUUUUUUUUUAAGCUAAGUGUAGAGAAGUUGGUCUUUCAGAAAGCGUGCGCUGGAAACCGUUUAGUCUCCUUUUUAAUUUAAUUAAAUCACGGUGCAUACUG